AUGAUUCUUAGGCCAAAUUUGAAAGAAAAAUUAAUUGAGAGAUUUGAAAUCAUUCCUAAUCCUCUACAAUCUUACUGGGUUCUUGGCAUGCAUGAUCAACAAUACAGAGAUGGAAGACAUUAUAAUAUUGUUGAUUACGCGAUGCAUCCAUAUUUCAGAAAUUUUACAAUUUACGAUGACUACGACAUGACAAUAGUAGCAACUAAGGAAAAAAUAGUAUUUAAUUAUGCAGUAUCUCCAAUUUGCUUUAAUCAGCCAAGAGAUCAAUAUGUUGGCAUGAGAGCAAUUGUUGCAGGAUGGGGACGCUUAAAUGAUACAACAGAAAUAAUGGGAACUCAGCUUCAAGAAACAAAAGUUCGUGUAAAGCCACCAGAUCAAUGCAUUGUUGAAGUUGCUAGGCUGGUUCGAUUUAAUACUAAGUCUAUGAUUUGCGCACAUGAAAAAGGAACUGAUUCGUGUAAUGGAGAUUCAGGUGGACCACUCUUCCUAGAAACGCAUCCAAACAGAUACGAAAUGAUUGCAGUUGUUUCAUUUGGCGAUGGAUGUGCUAGAAAUUUUCCAGGAAUUUAUUCAAAAACUAGUGAUCCUGUAACUCAAAAGUGGAUUAAGGAAUACAUUGUUAUGUCAAAUGCUGAUAUUUGUAGAGAUCCAGCUGGAAAAAUUACAGACGAGUUUUUCGAUGAUGCAUUUGAAGAAUUUUAUACUUAG